AUGGGCGCCUGCUCCGAGGGAACCUCGGGAUGGGAUGGAAAUGAGGAUGGGGAGAGGAGGAGGAGGAGCCACGACGCUCCCGUUCCUCCUCUCAGCUUCCACCUGCUGAGGGUUUUCCACCUUUUGACCCAAAAUUUGCCUUCCGGGCCCUCGGCACUGCCCAGCCCGGGCAGCAGCUGCGGGGUUUGGGUUCUGGAUUCGGGAUCUGCGGAGUUUCCCCCUCCCCGGGUGAAGAGCUGGGGGUGCCAGGGUCCCCCCACCCCCGAGGGGGGCACAGCAGAGCCCCCACAGCCACCAACCCCCUCCCCUUUGGUUUUCCAGACGCCGCUCCUGGACUCGGAAUCCAGCCUGGACUGUGGACACAGCAUCACCCAGGCAUCCCCGGAGAAGAUCUGGAGAGCCGGCAAACUCCUCUUCGCCCACCUCAGCACCUCCCGGCCCGGCCUCAUCCGCGACCACAAACACCACCUGCGGCACCACCGGCAGUGCUGCUCGGGGAAGGAGCUGGUGGAUUGGCUGCUGAGCUCCGGUGCCGCCGUCCAGACGCGCGGCCAGGCCGUGGGCAUCGGGCAGGUGCUGCUGGANGUGUCCCGAAUCCAGGGAAUCCUCUGGGGGAGUGGGGAGUGCGGGGAGCGUGUCCCGGAUCCAGGGAAUCCUCUAGGGGAGUGGGGACACGAAGGGGACGAUUUCGGGCAGCUGGCGCUGGUGAACGACGCCCCUCGGGCCGCCACCAUCCUCCUGCGGGAGGACAAUUGUCACUUCCUGCGCGUGGACAAGCAGGACUUCAACCGCAUCCUCAAGGACGUGGAGGCCAACACGGUGCGGCUGAAGGAGCACGGGAAGGUGGUGCUGGUGCUGCAGAAGGACCUGCAGGGGGGCGGCGGCCAGGCGGCCUCGGCGCGGAGCAGCAGGGUGAAGCGGGAGCUGGCGGCCGUGCUGAUGUUCGAGGGUCACCAGCGUGCGGGGACAGUCCUGUUCAGCCAAGGUGACAAAGGCACCUCCUGGUACAUCAUCUGGAAGGGCUCGGUCAACGUGGUCACCCACGGCAAGCUGGGCGGGCUGGGACAGGAACAGGGCCAGGAACGGAGGAGGCCUCGAGCGAUGGAGAACGGUGACGGCAGCGUGUCCCCCCAGCCCAAGCCCCGCAGCUCGGGAAUGUGGCUCGGGACCCCCGAGGAGGCGAUCCUGGACAGCACCAGCGCUCUGAGAGCCCAGGACAAAGUGCCCUACGAGAUUUUCAGGGCCGACCACUCGUGCCUGGUGUCGGUGCUGCCCGUGAACGCCUCGGUGCGGGAUGUGCUGCGGGCCCUGGCGCCGCGGCUGGGCCGGGACCGGGAGCACGUCCUGGUCAAGGUGAACUCGGCCGGAGAGCGAGCCGUGCUGCCGCAGGACGCCGUGGGGGUCUUCACGGCGCUGGGGCUCAACGAGAGGCUCUUUGUGGUCACCGCGGACGAGCUGGGCAACCUGACCCCCCACCCUGAGCAGCUGGGCCCCCACGCCGGCUCCUCGGACAGCCUGGACCUGAUCAGCUCCAAGGACCUGGCCAGCCACCUCACCGACUACGACUGGAACCUCUUCAAGAGCAUCCACCAGGUGGAAAUGAUUCACUACAUCGUGGGGCCGCAGAAGUUCCACGAGGUCACCACGGCCAACCUGGCGCGGGUGAUGCGGCGCUUCAACGAGCUGCAGUUCUGGGUGGCCACCGAGCUGUGCCUGUGCCCCGAGCUCGGGCGGCGGGCGCAGCUCCUCCGCAAGUUCAUCAAACUGGCGGCACAGUGUCCCCCCCACGCCCAGGACCCGUCGUGGAACCACCGCGUUUAUCGCCUGGCCGUGGCCAAGAUGAGCCCCCCCAUCAUCCCCUUCAUGCCCCUCCUGCUCAAAGACAUGACCUUCAUCCACGAGGGCAAUCGCACGCUGGCCGAGAACCUCAUCAACUUCGAGAAGAUGCACAUGAUGGCCAAGACCGUGCGAGUCCUGCAGCGCUGCCGGGGCCACGCACACGCACCGCUGUCCCCGCUGCGGAACCGCUCCCCGCACCGGCCCGAGGACCCCAAGGCCGUCAGGAUCUCCACGUGCUCGGAGCAGUCGCUGAGUGUGCGGAACCCCGUCUCCACCUGGGCCUACCUGCAGCACCUGAGAGCCAUCGACAGCCAGAGGGAACUGCUGAGGCUCUCCCGGGACCUGGAGCCCUGAGCGGGGCCGGAGCAGGGGUGGGGGCUCGGAUGGGGAUGGGGCCUCAGAUGGGAGCCCGGAGUGAGGAUGGGGGCUCG